AUGAAAAAGAACAUCGGAAAAUUAAAGCAGUGGGCUAACGAAAAGGUCGGUGCUUCUCACAAGACGCAGACCACAGAUGAAUUUCAAGAACUGCAACAACAAACUGAUGCCAGGCACAAAGGUGUAGAUAAACUCAUAUUUGCGACAAGCAUCUACUUAAAGGCCAUGUCAAAAAAAGCUCCAUCCAUAGAAGAGAAGACAAAAGCAUUACCUAUCGAGUCUUUAGGUAUUGCCAUGAGAGUUUAUGGUGAAGAGCUAGGCUCUGAUUCUUCAUAUGGAACGGCUUUGAUCAAACUUGGUACCGCUAACGAAAAGGUCGCGAGUUGCCAAUUAGAGCAUGCAUCAAAAGUUCGUGAAGAUUUUAUUGAAAGUUUAGAUGCUUCUAUUGAAGAUUUAAAACAAUAUCAACAAAUGAAAAAAAAAUUAGAAUCACGUAGACUCAAUUAUGACGCAAAAUUAAGUAAAAUGCAAAAAUCAAAAAAGGAAAAACCAGAAUUAGAAGAAGAAAUGCGUAAUGCUAAAGAAAAAUAUGAGGAUUCAAAAGAAGAACUUCAUAAAAAGAUGAGAACAAUAAAUGAUUCUGAAGAUCAAUACAUACAAGAAUUAACGGCGUUUUUAGACACACAAAUAGAAUACUUUAAAAAUAGUUACGAUAUUCUAUCAGAUUUGAGAAAAGACUGGGUUGAAAGCUUGUCAACGACGACAACGCGACGUACGAAAAAAAAUAAAGAUACUAAUAAGUCUCAAUCUGAUGAGGAUGAUGAUCAAAAUUCUGACAGCGAAAGUUCUCAUUCGAGUUAUAACCGCUCCAGAGAAUCUCGAUCAAUCGCUAGAAGAGCUACAAAUAAUAAAAAUAUUAAUUCUAAAAAAGAUAAUAAAAAUCUUAGCGUUCCCAAUGCAUCAACUCGUAAUAAGUCGUCAGGAUCUUCGGUUAAAUCUUUCGAUUCAGGAGAUAGACAGUCUCCUGCUCGAAAAACAAGUGAUGGUGAAGGCGAACUUGCGAUAGAGGAAGGUGAUAUUAUCACCGUUUUGGAAGAACACGAAGGUUGGUGGAUUGGUGAAAUUAUUGAUGACGAUGGUACUCGUCGGAGUGGCAUGUUUCCUGCGAAUUAUACCGAAGAAUUACCUGCAAAAUCAUCUGCUUCCGCGCGUAGAGUGCCGAAUUUAAUUAGGAAAUCAUCAAAUGAAGAUGAUGAUUAUCAAAACGAUGAACAAAUAUAUGAAGAACCUAAUCAGCUUGAAGACAAUGAUGAAGAACCUCUACAGAAGAAAAGCUCAUCGCGUAAUAAUUACUACAGUGUGCCUCCUAGCAAAACGUCUUCAAGAUCGUCUUCAACGCGUUCAGGCGUUUCUACUGGAAUACCACCUGUUCCAUCACGUACUUCAAAACCUCCACCGUCUCGCAGUUCUACAAUUCGCCAAAAAACAACUGAUUAUACAUCAAAUGCGGCCAAUAUUCCCCGGACUACCACCCCACCAAAUACCAGUACAUCAAGAAAUUCAUAUAUCCCUCAAGAAUUUUUUGGAAAAAAUAAAGCUUCUAAUAACGAUGUUGAACCAUGCGCAGAAUGUGGCUGUGAUGAUUUUUCACCUAAUGUGUUUAAAAAGGACAAUUGUAAUAAUUGUUUUCAUAAACAUUAA